AUCAGCCUACUAUCUCGGAAGUCAAAGGUAUGCUUGUGAGUUUGGUGCCAUGAGAGGAGUGCGCGACUUGGAGCUUCGAGUAAGGUUGGGGUCACCUUUGACUUGGAUUGCGCGAAUCCCCACCUUUCCCGCUGAAGCUUACCGCAAAGUACACAAGUCCGCCAGCUCUCUCAAAAUCCAAAGUCAGACUAGGUCACCGCUAUAAUAUCAGCCACGACCUCUCGCGUUCGCCAUCACAUUUUGCAAAGUCUGAACUUCACUUCAAUUAACCUUGAUCGUACUCUCAACACUAAAUCAUGGGCAAAAAGAGAGUUCUAGUUGGUUACGGUGUCGACAUUGAUGCAGUUGCCGGUUGGCUCGGUAGUUAUGGCGGCGAGGAUUCCACUAGCGACAUCAGUCGAGGCAUAUGGGCCGGUACACACGGUACCAGAAGAGUGCUCAAACUCUUUGACAAGUACGACAUCAAAGCAAGCUGGUUUAUUCCAGGCCAUACACUUGAGUCUUUUCCCGAAGACUGCGCAGCUGUGCGGGAUGCUGGUCAUGAGAUUGGGCUACAUGGUUACAGCCAUGAAAAUCCUGCAGACAUGACUUUCGAGCAACAGAAGGAUGUCCUGGAUAAGACUUUCAAGAUGCUGACUGAAUUCUGUGGUAAGCCACCGCGUGGAAGUGUCGCUCCAUGGUGGGAGACGAGUAAAGAAGGCACAGAGCUCCUUCUAUCCUAUGGCAUUGAAUACGAUCAUUCAAUGAGUCACGAAGAUUGCCAGAUGUACUGGCUACGGACAGGUGACACCUGGACAAAGAUUGAUUAUGCGAAGAAAGCUGAAGAAUGGAUGAAGCCUCUGAUUAAGGGUGAGGAGACAGGUCUUGUUGAGAUUCCUGGAAGCUGGUACAUUGAUGAUUUGCCGCCCAUGAUGUUCAUCAAGAACAGCGCCAACAGCCAUGGCUGGGUGAACCCUCGUGACAUUGAAGAUAUAUGGAAGGACCAUUUCACGUACUACUAUCGCGAAUAUGAUGAGUUUAUCUUUCCGAUGACCAUUCAUCCUGAUGUCAGCGGAAGACCGCAUGUUCUCUUGAUGCAUGAACGCAUAAUAGAAUUCAUCAAUUCGCACGAAGGCGUUGAGUGGGUGACCUUUGAGCAAAUGUCGGAUGAGUUCAAGAGUAAGAAUAAACCACCGGUCGGCGGUCUGAUGCCUGCAAGUCGUGAGGAAGCGAUGCGGAAAGCAAAAUGUUGAUAGCCACUACUCAAGUAUCGUAUUGAGCUUUUGUGAAAUAAUGAGUAAUAUUCGACGUAACUAUCUCAC